GCUGGGAGAGGGGAGCUGACCGGGGUCCAGCCCCCCGACCAGAGCAGCCUCCCUCCCCGUCCUGUUCUCAUGCAGCCCCCGCCGGGGAGCCCCUGCCCUUCCGCCAUCCUCGGGGAUCUCGCUGUGGGGACAAGGGCUGCGGGGAUUGCAACUGACCAGCGCCAGCCACACCCCCGCACGGCGGGGGGGUUGCAAACGCGGCCCCUUGAACUAUUCCUUCCUUAUCAACACAUUCCAACCAAUCUCCAGUUCCAAGGGUGUUUUAAUAUUCUUUGAAACACACUCAUGGCAGGGAAUAUGUUAUCUUCUCCGCCCCCUCUUUUGCAAGAAAGUGAGAGAGCUUUGGGGCUUAGGCAGAACGUCUACAUUUAGCUAUUUUAAUACUAUCAACAUUUUUUAUUUUGAAACUGAUCACGCUACCUCAGUUCAAUUUUAAUGGAGGGCAAAGACAAGCAUAUGAAAUGGGCUCACUGACUUCUCUUGUUAUCGUGGAUGUCUGGAUGUUCUAAUUCAUGGAUGUCGCAAGUACAUAUGUGGUUAUAAAUUGAAAUGUGCGACGAUAUCAGAGACAGGUGGCAUGCUGGAGAGAAGUGUCUUGCCCCAUCUCCUGAAAGUGGGAAACUGUGUGAAGCCACAAUAAAGUCAGUUGAAACAGACAAGAAUGGGAAAUCAUUUGCAAUUGUAUCAUUUUUGGGGUCUGAAGAAAAGAACAUCAUAAUAACAAAACUCUGUAAAGCCAGAGCUGGUAAAGAUCCCCGGAAUAGCUUAAUAUUUGAUGAUGAAGAUUUGGAAAAGCCUUUUUUCCCUGACCAAAGGCUUCCGUCUCCUGCAGUUGCUUUUGAGUUAUCUGUAGAUGGGGACUGUAUCCCUUAUACAAUUAAUAGGUAUCUGCGUGAUUAUCAAAGAGAUGGGGUUCAGUUUCUCUAUGGACACUAUGCUCGUAAAAGAGGAUGUAUUCUUGGAGAUGACAUGGGACUUGGAAAAACAAUACAGGUCAUUUCAUUUCUGGCUGCAGUACUAUGCAAAAAGGGAACACGUGAAGAUAUUGAAAACAAUAUGCCAGAGUUUUUAUUGAGGACCAUGAAAAAAGAACCAACAUAUAUCCCCAAAAAGACUUUCCUAAUAGUGGCCCCUCUUUCUGUGCUUUAUAACUGGAAGGAUGAGUUGGACACUUGGGGCUAUUUCAGGGUCGCUAUUUUACAUGGCAGUAGAAAGGACAAUGAACUGAGUCGUAUCAAGCAGGGAAAGUAUGAGGUUGCUCUAACAACAUAUGAGACGCUUCGCCUAUGUUUGGAUGAACUUAACAGCCUAGAAUGGUCAGCUGUCAUUGUAGAUGAAGCACACAGAAUCAAGAAUCCAAAGGCUCAAAUAACCCAGACUAUGAAGGCUUUAAAAUGCAAUGUUCGUAUAGGUCUUACUGGAACCAUUCUUCAGAACAACAUGAAAGAACUAUGGUGCGUCGUGGACUGGGCUAUACCCGGACUUUUAGGUAGCAGAACACAUUUCAAGAAGGAAUUUUCUGAUCCAGUGGAGCAUGGCCAGAGGCACACCGCAACUAAGAGAGAGCUAGCAACAGGUCGAAAGGCCAUGCAGAAGCUAGCAAGAAAAAUGUCUGGCUGGUUCCUGAGACGUACUAAGGCUUUUAUUAGUGAUCAGUUGCCAAAGAAGGAAGACAGAAUGGUGUACUGUUCCCUAACAGAGUUCCAGAAACAAGUAUAUCAGGCUGUGUUGGCAACAGAAGAUGUGAGCUUAGUACUGCGAGCAUGGGAGCCCUGUAGUUGUAGCAGUGGCCGUAAAAGGAAGAAUUGUUGUUACAAAACAAAUGCCCAUGGUGAAACAAUGAGGGCACUGUAUUUCAGUUACCUGACAAUCCUUCGGAAAGUUGCUAAUCAUGCUGCUCUACUACAGACCGAGAACACCAGCAAACUUCAGGAAGAACAUAUCAAAAGGGUAUGCAACCAGGUAUUUUCCAAGUUUCCAGAUUUUGUCCAGCUGAGCAAAGAUGCAGCCUUUGAAACAAUUUCUGAUCCAAAGUACAGUGGGAAAAUGAAGGUCCUUCAACAGCUUUUAAAUCACUUCAGAAAAAACAAAGAUAAAGUUCUUCUCUUCUCCUUUUCCACCAAGUUGCUAGAUGUGCUGGAACAAUACUGUAUGGCAUCUGGGCUAGAUUACCGAAGACUUGAUGGAAAUACAAAGUCAGAGGACCGGGUCAGGAUAGUGAGAGAGUUCAAUAGCAUGCAAGAUGUUAAUAUUUGCCUUGUUUCUACAAUGGCUGGUGGACUGGGUCUCAAUUUUGUUGGAGCCAAUGUCGUUAUAUUGUUUGAUCCAACAUGGAAUCCAGCAAAUGAUCUUCAAGCCAUUGACAGAGCAUAUAGGAUUGGCCAGUACAGAGAUGUGAAAGUGUUUAGAUUGAUAUCCUUGGGGACCGUGGAGGAGAUGAUGUACUUACGGCAGGUUUACAAACAGCAACUUCACUGUGCGGUAGUUGGAAGUGAAAAUGCCAAGCGAUAUUUUGAGGCAGUGCAAGGAUCAAAGGAACAUCAAGGCGAGCUUUUUGGGAUCCAUAACCUCUUCAAGCUUCGAACCCAGGGGUCCUGCCUUACAAAAGACAUCCUGGAGGUGUGA